GCCGAUUCGCUCGAAAUCUGCAUUUUCUUCGCUAUCAUGGCACCUCACGAUCUCGUUGGUCCUCCUAGUACCACCAAAUCUAGCUUCCUCUCCAAGAUUCUAGGGAAGCUCAGCUGGUCACAUCUAAAGAGCAUUAGUGAAACGAUCAAGAGGAACUUUGGGACGUUCAACGUUAUCCUGUGCAACAGCGAGACUCAGGUUCGGCCAACUUCCACGAAUGGAGCCGUUGAACAAGGUCAGGCAUCUCUCGACGUCGACUCUUCCAUUUCAUCGACCCUAGUCGGUCACGACACACCUCCGCUCCGGAUAUUUUGCGCUGUCCGGAAUCUUGCGGUUGUGGGCAAGGAUGAAGCGGACUUGAGGAAAGAUGCUGCUAUCUUGGAGGAUGCUAUGGCUGCUACAAAUGCUCUUGAGGCUUUGCUCACUGGAUGGGAUGACGAUGGUGAAGAUAUCGACCCAGAGGGAAGCAGCAUCGAAACACAGGAACUCGUCACUCCAGAGGGAUCUCCGCUCCUGGGCGAUAACGUCCAGAUUGUCCUUGAAGAGUGCGAGACUGAGGAUAUCUGCGAUGUCAACUUUGGCGAGAUCAUCUAUGGACCUCAUUCGCCAGCGUGGUUCACCGCCGCAAACGUUGACCAUCUCGAGGUCCCUCUACCUUCCUACAAUGCGCCUCGCUUUCAGUCUGAGCUUAUCGGCACCAACUCCUCACGUGCUUCCGGUCAGAAAUUCAAUCUCGUUACUCCGCCCUUGAAGAUUGUCAAGGUCGAUUCUGGCGGCUCCUCCCUUCAGCUUGUCCGCAAUCUCCCUUUGGGUGCUUCGCUCGCGAUCAUCCAUGGAUAAGCCCUCAUCCCUUCUCACACUUCGUAUAUCUUUCUUCUUACUGCAUAAAUUACUCGAUCUCCUUCAUUCAUCUCUCUCUACUUCAAGACUAUCACAGCGUCACUACGCACAUUCGUCAAUCUCGAUACACCUAAUGACCCUCGUGCUCUCAUCUCCGUCUCAUAUUACUUUAGCUCGUGCUCGCCUUGCCUUCGACCCUUAUUCGUUUAAUACCAGUUUGGCGAAUCUCAAGCACUCCAGCACGUUUCUAGCACACCGCCCGGGCUAUUCGAUUUCGCCUCCAUGUUUCGCUGCUCUAUCUCGGAAUGUUUCCUUAAUAUAAUUGACUCUUAUGG